AUGGAUAUUCUUCGAAAACUUGUGCUUGGUUUAUUGUGUUUGCUACUCUUCCUCGGGCCAUCUUCCCAGCUAGACAGAUUAUUGCAAGGACAGGUGAUGAAGAAUGGGGAUGAAUUAAUUUCAGAUCAAGGAAUCUUUAUACUAGGAUUCUUUAGCCUUACAAAUAACAAUUACUACUUAGGAAUAUGGUACAACGACAACCGUGCACGCCUGGAGAAUUUAGUGUGGAUUGCCAAUCGGGACACUCCAAUCUUUAACAAAUCUGCAAGUCUUACCAUUGAUGACCACGGAAACUUGAAAAUUUCAUACAAUGUGAGUCUUUCUAUCAUAAUAUAUUCCGGACAAGAAGGAAGUAAUACAAGUGCUGUUCUACUUGAUACUGGUAAUUUUGUACUGCGCGAACUGAAUUCAGAGGGAUUUGUGAAACGGGAGUUGUGGCAAAGCUUUGAUUAUCCUACACACACACUUGUGCCAGGAAUGAAACUUGGAGUUAACUGGAAAACAGGUCAUACACGAUCUCUAACUUCAUGGAGAGGUGUGAAGGUACCUGACACAGGCGCCUUUACCUUUGGCCUAGACCCUAAUCAUACAAAUCAAUUGGUCAUCUUGUGGCGUGGGAACACCUAUUGGACUAGUGGGUCUUGGAACAACGCGUAUUUUAACUCAUCUCCAUCACGGCGCCUAACAAAUUCCUACUGUAAUUUUAGCUACAUAUCGAAUGAGAAUGAAACAUACUUCAGCUACUCUACUGUGCAAACAAAUUCCCCACAGUUGACGAUAGAUUACUUGGGAGCACUUUCUGUUGAUAGCGGCAGUACCCUAGUUAAUUGUACUUCUGCUUUCUCUUAUUUCAGUGAAGGAUGUGUGGCGAAAGAGCUUCCUGUGUGCAGGAGUCCUAAUGAUACAUUUUCUCCAAAUUACGAUACUUGGGACAACAUGGAGGGAUUGAUGUUUGACGAAGGUGACAACCUGACACUUAUGGAUUGUGAGGCCAAGUGUUUGAACAAUUGUUCUUGUGUUGCCUAUGCAUCUACGAAUCCGGAUGCCCAAACUGGCUGUGAGAUUUGGAGCACAACGAUUCCUCUGUCGGAUGUUAGUAUUCCACGGACAAUAUACUUCCUUGAUUCAGAAGGUAAGUCUAAUUACUUCAUGCUUAUAUUUUUAAUUUAG